AUGGGACUGAUAAAGAAACCUUGGUAUCUUUCGAAAGUUAUCGUACUUCUGAGCAUUGUGGUCUUCACAAUUCCCAAUGUCCAAGCCAAAGCCGUUGGAAAAGAAUCGAGAUUAACUCUCAACGAAUUGAGACAAAGAUACGAAUCCGUUAAAUCCAAGGGUAAUGUUGAUCCGAAUUCUGACGUCGUGAAUCUUCUGGAGAGUAUGUUUGUGGAUGAAGGAAACAGACACGAUCUACAACCUGAGGGAAUUGGUAAGAUUGCUUCCAAAAAAGGAAAGGUUUUUGGAGACACACAUGACAGCCAUAAACUGACACAGGACCAGAUUGAUGAAUUAAAGAGCGGGAAUGGAAAGGGAAAACGAAAUUUUUGGAGAGAUGCUCGACUUUGGACAGACAAAAUAAUUCCGUACACCAUUGCCAGCUCCUUAUCCUCUGUCCAGGGAAAUGUAGACACAAUCAACAAGGCAAUCCAACAGUUUACCGACUACACCUGUUUGAGAUGGGUUCCUUAUGGGUCUGCCGAAGCAAAUCAAGCCAGCUAUCCAAAUUAUGUGGAGUUCUUCUCUGGAAGGUUGUUGGUCGUACGUUGGAAGAGUGGGAUCAGGCAAACAAGAAAUCAGUCUUCAAUCUCCUGGUUGUGUUUCGCUUAUUCAACAGAAGCUGGUUUUGAUUUAAAUCUGAACCGUAUUCAGAGCAAUCUCUUGGGUAUUGAAUCCACUGGGAAACACCAUAUGCAGGUGAUGCUGGAAAACUGCUACGAAUUGAGGAAAGACGAUGGAAAAGCUAAAAACAUCUCGUUUGUCAUUGAGUUUAUUUCCUGCUUUGCUAUUAUCUUCUAUACACAAGAAGUCUUAAGUUUCUAUUUCACAGCAGUUAAUGUAUCAACAACCGUCCAUGAAAUGGCGCAUGCUAUUGGACAAUUUCAUGAACAAUCCAGAAAUGAUCGUGAUAAUCAUGUCACCAUGGUCUGGUCAAAUAUCGACAACGGUCAAAACAACAACAAUAUGCAGAAACAUAACACCUUCGAUUAUAAUCCAUAUGACUAUCAGUCUGUGCUUCAAUACAGUUUAACGUCAUUUUCCAUAAAUGGUCAGGCAGUUAUGAAAUUCCAUGACCGUCGGCUGGAGUUUUUGGCUGAUUCAGCCACUGGACUCAUGUUUUAUGAUAUUCAGGAUGUCACAGAUGCAUAUGAUUGUACCAGACCCUGUCGGGGCCCGAGUGGUACUGAUCCCCUUAAGCAGUGUCAGAACGGAGGGUUUGUAAUUCACACCUGUGACUGUCUGUGUCCGUAUGGUAUCACUGGAGACCUGUGUCAGACAGUGGGCACUGACCCAGAAUGUGGUCCAGGUUUGAUAACCCUAGCUGACGGAGAAACCAAGACCAUAACUACACCUAAUUUUAAUACUGGGGGACCAUAUCCUACCGGAAAACGAUGUGUUUGGUUGGUGAAGUCUUCUAGUGGUAAGAAUGUGGCUAUGAAGAUAGACGAGAUGGAUUUAUCAACUGAUGACGGCGCAUGCGCUCACUGGCUGGAGAUCCAGUACAAUCUGAUUGGACAGGGCGGACCAAAACGCUGUGGAAAGUUCUCACACGAGACCUACGUGACGUCAGACUCCGGGAACCCGUCCAUGAUGUUACUGAUGUUUAACAGCUCCUUUGCUCCUAAUGUCCAAGCGGGCAAGGGUUUCACUUUGUCUGUGUCCUCUGUCGGUGCAGGCUGUAAAUCUGCCCCUUGUGUUUUUGGAACAUGUGCUGACGUCGGAUCCAGUGAUUUCAACUGCGCAUGUGCUUCUGGAUAUACUGGACGGCUUUGUGAUACACUUGUUGGUUCCGGGGAUACAGUCUGUGACUUUGAAGGAGGUGUCUGUGGCUUUAGCAACUUAAAAUCAGACUCCUACGACUGGGUUAUAAAAUCG